UUUAAGAGACCCUUUUACCAAUGGAUACAUGACUGAUCAUAAAUCUCCACAUAAUUAUAUAUAAGGAUGAACAGCCAGAAUCUCCAUUACCGUGCACAAGAGAUAAGGAUGAAGGUCUAUCUGGUGUUGGCCUUUCUGCUGGCUUCUGUUCAUUGUUCUCUGCAACAACAGGAAAAACAAACAGACGCUGUGGACGCCGGGGAAGGGGAGCCAGUCCAACUCCCCGCUCGGGAUGUAGAAGGAGAAUUAACAGAGAGGUCUGCAAAAGUGGAAGGGGAGGACUUAAGUGCUGAACUUGCGGAAACAGAAGACGAAAAACCAAUUCAACUUCCAGCAAGAGAUGUGGAUGAAUAUUUGACUGAAAGGUCAUUGAAAGGAAUUCGGCGCACUUUUGCUUGUGAAAACCAAAGAUUGAAUUUGCAGUGUGGAAGAGGCAAAGAAAUACGAGUACUUUACACAGUGCACAGUCGAAGUAACUGGAGGUGUUCUGGGUUUAGAAAUAAAUGUUGGACAUGGAGGACACAUAGCCAAGUCAAAAAGUCUUGUAAUGGAAGAAGAAGCUGUAGGGUCAGGGCUAAGGGCCGUUGCCAGGCACUCGCCAGUUCUGUUAAUGUUGUUUACACUUGUCGCAAAAAUAAGAAAUGCAGUAGGAAAUGUGUGAAAAAUGCCCAGUGUAUCAAAGGAAGGUGUAGAUGCAAGAAGGGAUUUAGAUGGAGCAGGAAGAGGAAACAGUGCGUCAGGCGGCGGCGCAGGUGUGGCAAGAAGUGUGGAAAGAAUGCCAGGUGUUUCAGAGGGAAAUGUAGGUGUCGAAGAGGAUAUCGAUGGAACAAAGGCAAGCGCCGGUGCACUAGACGUCCCCGCCGCUCAAAUGGCAUACAAUGGUUUAGAGUAGGGAAAGGGACAGCAUGCGAACACAAGGAUUUGACCUUGGUGUGCGGCAGAGGGCGAGUAAUCCGAGUGUUCUACGCCGUAUACGGCCGGUUAAACAAGAAGACCUGCGCUAAAGGCAAACCUGUAAAGACAACGAAAUGUCGAGCAAAGAAUUCUAAGAAACUGGUAACCAAUGGUUGUGACGGCAAGCGAAUUUGUCGCAUGAAAGCAAGUAAUAGCGUUUUCGGAGAUCCAUGUCGAGGGACUUUCAAAUACCUGACAGUGAUUUAUGGAUGUAGAAGACAUUGCGUGAAGCAUGCAGUUUUUAAUGGGAAAAUCUGCAAAUGUAAAAAGGGUUACAGUGGGAACGGAUUCAGGAGAUGUUUUAAAAAGAAGAAAGUGGGGCGGAAUGUGGAAGAAGAGGAGGCGAUACGUGACGUCAGGGAUGAAGAAGGGUUAGAAAUUAACGAGGAUGAGCUGGAGGUGGCGUGAAAUCCAAUGUUGCUUGUUAAGUGUUUUGCCAGAUAUAAGUAAAGGAGUUAACAAAGGCA